GGAAAGACCCUGGUUCUAGACAUGCAAGUUCCUAUUCUCGAAAAUUAUUACUCCGUCUACAAUAAAUUUGACAAAGAGGAAUUCCUACUUCGGCGUGUGAGCGCUGAUAAAGGGAUAACCUUGCGACUCCUGUAGCUUGACUUCCCAGGUUCCUGACUCUUAUCGGCCGAUGCGAAUUACCAUCUACUUGGAUACUGCCGAGAAUCAAAUAGGUGGACUUCAAGAAGAACCGACAUAAAUGCCAGGCAGUACUUCGGGAAACAGUACCUCGUCGCGACUCCCUUUUCUCAAACUUGAUCCAAACUUAUACGGGCCUACUCGAGAGGAGGCUGACUUUCUGAAGAGUCAAACAAAGAUCGAAAGCGACGAGGAACUCAAGCAACAUGUCAUAACAGUCCAGAAGGAGGCCUGGGAUGUCGUAAACUAUAGAUGCAUUCAAAACUUUGGAUUUAUAACCCUGAAGAUCUCUCACCAGCCGAUAUAUCCCGCGUUUCUGCAGCUUGGAAAAGAAAGAUCUGGUGCAAUUUAUCUGGAUUUUGCCUGCUGCUUCGGAAAUGAUGUACGGAAGGCGAUUGCGGAUGGAUUCCCAGUAGAAAAUGCAAUUGCCUCCGAUUUACAGGGAGAAUUCUGGAAUAUUGGUCACAAAUUAUUUAGAUCAACGCCAGAGACAUUCCCUGUCCCGUUCAUUCAAGGAAACGUCCUUGACGAGAAACAUAUAUCUCCGGCUCCGGCUCUUUAUGACUUGCCGACUAGCCCCCGUCCAGUUCUUUCUGAGCUGACCUCGCUCACGCCACUUCAGGGGCAUGCAUCUGCCAUCCACGUUUCAGACUUCUUCCACCUCUUCAGGAAGGAUGACCAGAUACAAGCAGUACGCCAACUCGCAUCCUUGCUGUCACCGCUACCUGGCUCAAUGAUUUUCGGCACCCAUUCUUCUUUACCUGUCUCGAGCGAGAUGAAACAUCCGAUGGGUAACUUCCACUUAUAUUGUUUCAGCCCGGAGGAUUGGUGUGCUCUUUGGGACGGUGAGAUUUUCAGGAAGGGGAGCGUCCGUGCAGAAGCAGAGCUUAUUCAUAGCCCACCCUGGCGAGGCAAGGAUCUGGAAAAGGAGGCAAGGAGUGCGAUGGUGUGGUCUGUGACAAGGAUUUGAACAAACUGAUAGUAAUCACAAUCUUAAGAGAUACUGAGACC